CAGCUACCCGAUGCGUAAACAUAUGAUGCAUUUUAUGUCUCAUUUAUUUUUUAAUUUACAUCAUACUUCUUCAUUUAUACGGUUAUUUUAAACACUUAACGCCUACAUUUAAAUGAUUGUUGGUUAUAAUGACAUACGCUAUAGUUGCCGUAAAUGGAGCGAUUCAUCAGCGCGACUAACAAUUUUAUUCAUUCCAAUUAAAAAAUAAAUACUUUUACAACUUCAUGUUCAAGAAAAGUAUAUAGCUUCGCAAAUAAACGCAUUACUGGAUAGUUCAUUCAUACGGGUAUUAUUACGUUCAAUAUCUGAAUAAAUAUGAAGUGUUAAUAUCCAUUAACGUUUAUUAUAAACAGGCAUAGUAUAGUAAUGGAUUAUAAAAUUUUGAUUUGAGAGGAUAUUCUAGAACCAGAUGCGUAAUGGACCGUCUUCGAAGAAAAAAAAUCCUUACAAUAGUGUUCAGCUGUUUUAUACCAUGUGGAGUGGCGAUCUGGCACAAUCAGCAGAAAAGGUUCGACGGUGAAAUCCUUCCAAAAGAUCCAAACUUGUGUACAACUCAGAGUAUUACAUUCACAGGUGUACUUAAGGACGAUCCCGUAACGAAUUAUUCCAUCGGCUUUACCUAUAAAUCUAGAGACACAAACGGAAAAUUCGUUACUGUAGACCGGAAUAAUGUCACAUACAUAAAUGAAACGAUUGCUGAAUAUACAGUGCCCAAUAUUCCGCCUCUAACUGAUCUAAAAAUAAAGCAAUAUAUGCAUGUUAACAGCUAUUAUUGGCAAGUCUUUGGUGAUAAUAAUAAAACGUUGCAGCUUGGUGAAACCACCACAGCACUUAUUUUCCCAAUGCCCGAGGAAGUUCGUGAUUUUGAUUGUAUAGUGAGUAAUUACGAAACGAUGAUAUGUUCCUGGAGCUACGGAACCGACUAUGGCUCUUUUAUGCCGGAAGUAAUUUUUCAGUGGAGGAACCCCGUUUACAGUAAAACGUGGACCGAAUGUAAAUACUUAAACAUACAGGAUGGGUAUUGCACGUGGAAUGAGACGAAGGCUGGCUAUUUCAAAACUUCAAACAUUACCAUCAGGUUGACGUUGAAACAGCGGUGCAACAUUAACGUAACUUCUGUGUUCCAUAUAGAUACAUCAAAAAUAGUAAAGCCGAAUCCGGUUUCCAGUAUCAGAUCCAAUGUUAUCAACAGUACUUGUAUCUCAUUACUAUGGGAAACAACAAAUUCUGAACAGUUUUAUCCCAAGGAACAUCUUAUAACAUUGUCAAGUCUAGGGGGUCCUGUAACGAACAAUACACUUAUAACAACAAGAGACACAGAGAAAUUGGAGCAUGAACAGACAUUUUGUGAUAUGCAUCCAUACACAAACUACAGUUUUAAUGUUCGUGUCAGGCCUACCGGCCUUUUUUCAGGUUAUUUUAGCGAUACAGUUGAACAUACGUCAACGACCUAUUCUGACAUUCCAAGCGCAAGUCCUCAAGUAAUAAAAGGGGGCUACAGAUUGGACCACAGAGAAUGUGAAGAUGGCAUUGAAAGAAGGCGCGUGUGUAUGUUUUGGAAGCCAAUCAAAUUUGAGGAUCGGAACGGACCAAUGAAAGGGCUAGUAGGAGAGUUCACAGCAUUACCACCUGCAAUCCAUAAAGUUAAAGAGAAUUGGACCAAGGACGAGAUGUAUGGAUGUUCUACUAUACUGUGUAACACAGGUUACAUAUUCACUAUAAAAGCAAGAAAUAUAAAUGGUACAUCAAAACAAGGCUCAUCCGUUUCAAUACCCGCGAAAGGUAAACCAAUCAUGUACUUUAUCUUCUUUAUUUCGAUGUUAAUAUGUUGUAAAUUUGUUGAAAAAUACAUUUACCACAUUACUAGAAGCCAAGUUUAUGACUGUGUUUUCUACUCCCCGUCUGUGUAGACGUGUUGUCUCAAGUUCCAACGUGGGAUUCUAGGAAUGUCCUUCUUCCGUCUGUCCGUCAGUCUGGCUGCCAGUCUGUCUGUUUGUAACAUUUUCGUGUCCGGUCUAUAUCUCCCACAUUCUUUGACAUAUUUUUUCGAAAUUUUGCUCAUUGUUUUGCUUACUGUGCAAACGGUAGAAUCAGCAAUUUCGGCUCAAGGUCAAGGUCACACUUGAAGGUCAAAUGUUUAAGCCUGCGUUUCGUGUCCGAUCCAUAUCUC